AUGGCGACAGCGGCACCAACGUCCGCCUCCGCCAAGUUCGCGACGUUCGACGGGCUGCGCGGCACCCGCAAUGACCGAUCCACCGUCGUCGCGUCCGCGGCUCCAUCGGCAGGCGCGUCGUCAUCGCCGGGCCGUGUUCAAGCCACCGCCACUGUAGGGCCCGUGCAGGCGCCGGCAGCGGGAGCGGCGAAGAGGAGCAAGGUGGAGAUAUACAAGGAGGAGAGCGACUACCUGCGCUACCCGCUCAUCGACGACCUCAAGAACGACCUCCCCAACGUCAGCGCCGCCUCCGAGCAGGUGCGUCUUCCGCUCCUCCGCACCGUGCCUGGCUUGACUCCGGUACUGCCGUGCUUCAGAGAGCACUCCCGGCAGACAGAUCUCACCACCGCACUGCCGACGGUACCAAUGACGGCACUGACGGCAGCACGAAUGCCAGACUGCGAAUGCUGGUUGUUGUUGGUCUUCUCAACUGACGGCUCGUCACGGACGUGCUACGACCGUUGCCAUCUCAUUGCGACUAAUUCGUGUGUUCCCUCUUGCGUCUAUCUGCGCUUCUCUUCCGAUCCCCCCCCUCGUCCGCGGCGGUGCGCGCAGCUGAUCAAGUUCCACGGCAGCUACAUGCAGGACGACCGCGAGGCGCGGCAGGGGGGUGGCGGGCGCGCGUACCAGUUUAUGAUGCGGACGCGGCAGCCGGGCGGCAAGGUGCACAACCGCCUCUACCUCGCCAUGGACGACCUCGCCGACCAGUUCGGCUCCGGCACGCUCCGCCUCACCACGCGCCAGACCUUCCAGGUGCGCCCCGCCGCUACUCCCCGCCUCCCGCUACUCCCCGCGCUGCCAAAGAGGCAUUCGAGCUCGCACGCUGCGAGUCUGUGCGCGCCGAUUGCGCAGCAGCUGCACGGAGUGCUGAAGGCGAAUCUGAAGGAGGUGUUUGCGACGGUGAUCAAGAGCAUGGGGUCGACGCUGGGCGCGUGCGGCGACCUGAACCGCAACGUGCUGGCGCCCGAGGUGCCGUUCGUCGACCGCCCCGCAUACCGCUACUGCCAGGAGUACGCCGAUAAGAUCGCCGCGCUGCUCGAACCGCAGUCCGGCGCCUACUACGACGUGUGGCUCGACGGCGAGAAGGUGCGCGCACGGGUGAUGGGGGGAGGGUGCGCAUGGGGGGAUAGGGAAAAAAAGGCGCAUGGGGGAAAUGGGGGGAAUGGGCGCAUAGUCGAAUGGUGCAAAUGGUGGAAUGGGGGGAAGGGGCGCAUGCGCGUGGGUCCUGCGCGGUUGCAUUGGGGCGGUGACGUAUUGUUCCCUGUGCGUCACCCUCUCCCCUCCGCCGUGUGGCUGGCUUCAUCCAACAAUCUCCCCCCCCGCCAUGGCUCACGCCCACCCUUUCCGCGCCAGGUGCUGACGGCGGAGGCGCCGGCGGACGUGGCGGAGGCGCGUGCGGACAACCGGUUCGGGACGAACAUAGAGGGCAGCGCGGAGCCGAUCUACGGCACGCAGUACCUGCCGCGCAAGUUCAAGAUCGCCAUCACCGUGCCCGGCGACAACUCCGUGGACAUUCUCACCAACGACCUCGGGCUCGUCGUGCUCUGCGACGACGCCACGGGGCAGCUGCAGGGCUUCAACAUCUACGUGGGCGGCGGCAUGGGGCGGUCGCACCGCAACGAGCAAACGGAGCCGCGGCUGGCGGAGCCGUUGGGGUACGUGGCGGCGGAGGACGUGCUGUACGCCGUCAAGGCCAUCGUCGCCACGCAGCGCGACUACGGCCGCCGCGACGACCGCAAACAGGCGCGGCUCAAGUAUCUCAUCCGCGACUGGGGCAUUGACCGCUUCCGCACGGUGACGGAGCAAUACUUUGGCAAGCAGUUCCAGCCGUUCCGCCCCCUGCCCGAAUGGCAGUCCAAGCCCUACGUCGGCUGGGGCGAGCAGGUGAGCCGCGCUGCACUGGGCGACGGGCGGCUGUACUACGGGCUGCACAUCGAGAAUGGGCGCAUCAAGGGCGAGGCUAAGAAGGCGCUGCGGGCAGUGAUCGAAAAGUACAACCUGCCCGUGCGCAUCUCGGCAAAUCAGAACCUGAUGCUGUGCGACGUGCGCAAGGCGUGGCGCCCCCGCAUCACCCAGGAGCUCGCCGCUGUCGGCAUCCUCGGCAAGCAGUACGUGGAUCCGCUGAACCUGACGGCCAUGGCGUGCCCCGCGCUGCCGCUGUGCGGGCUGGCCAUCACGGAGGCGGAGAGGGGGCUGCCCGCCGUGCUCAAGCGCAUCCGCGCCAUGCUCGACAAGGUGGGGCUGAGGCAGCAGCAGGCGCACUCCUUGGUGGUGCGCAUGACGGGCUGCCCCAACGGCUGUGCGCGGCCCUAUGUGGCGGAGCUGGGCUUCGUGGGCGAUGGCGCCAACUCCUACCAGCUGUGGUUGGGCGGCACGCCGAACCAGACAGUGCUGGCGCGGGUGUUUCUGGAGAGGGUGAAGGUGGGCGAGCUGGAGGCGGUGCUGGAGCCUCUCUUUGCCAUGUGGAAGGCCCUCGGCCACAAGGGCGAAUCUUUCGGGGACUUCACCAACCGCGUUGGCUUUGAGGCGAUGAAGGAGUACAUGGGGACGUACACAGCGCCACUGGCAAGGCAGAGGGGCAUGGCACGGCGCAUCACAGUGGAUGAUGAGCUGGCGGGGCGGCUGCAGGAGGUGGCAGCGCAGCGCGGCACCACGGUGGCCAAGCUCACCCGCGAGGCGCUGCUGCAGUUCCUGGCGGAGUGCAAGGAUGAGUAG